UUUUAUGUUUUUUUUAUUGUUAUGAACUCAUGACGUCUAUAAGUGGAGACGUGAACACGUCUAAGUUGAAGUUCAGUGUGGACAGUAUACUAGGGAAUAAUGAUACUUCCUCAAGUGCUCCAGUGGACAUGCGUGCGCAGGAGCCACCCUGUGCGGGUUGCGUGGCCGCUCUGUAUAGGUGUUGCAGGGAUGAACCUCCCCUCCUGCAAUUACAACUGCCUCUGCCUUAUGCACACUUGCAUCCGGCAUUGAGGCCUACCUCCGCUGUCUACCGGUUGCCUUUACCAACAUCGUCCCCUACACAAUCCACUGCGCCUCGUUGUGAUGUCUCCUCGACCGGCAAAAGAAAACGUUCCUGGUCUCGGGCAGUCUUCAGUAACCUGCAGCGUAAAGGCCUGGAGAGAAGGUUCCAGAUACAAAAGUACAUCACUAAGCCAGAUAGGCGCCAAUUGGCUGCUACUCUCGGAUUGACCGACGCUCAGGUGAAAGUAUGGUUCCAGAACCGUCGAAUGAAAUGGCGGCACACGAAGGAAGGGCGAGCGGGAUUGGGCCCGGCGUCCGGUCGGGACCCCGACUCCACGGCUCCUGAUGACAAUGAAGACAUUGAUGUGGAUACGCUUAGUGAUUGAUUUCUUUUUUACAUUAUGAGUCAAUCUUUCUAUUAAGAGGUGA